AAAUUUUUAGUAUCAUCGGAGGAGGAGAGUCAACCAUUGUUGUAACCUCCAGCAAUGUAUUUCAGGUUGGUUUAAAUGGACGGAAAACCAAGAUGAGAAGAACUAUAUCUCAAGUCUGGGAGAAUCUGAAGUCAAAUAAACAAUACCAGGGUUUUCAAUGGAUUAAUGGAUUUACCUUUAUGUUUUCAGGCGCUCAUUACUUCAGAUACAAGGGAUUUAAACUAUGUGAAGGGUAUCCUAAACCAAUAUUCCAGGUUAGUCAUAUCACAUAUACCAUAUACUACACAUUACUUGAGAUACAAGGGAUUUAAACUAUGUGAAGGGUAUCCUAAACCAAUAUUCCAGGGGUUUCCAGGAGCUCCUUUGUACCCGGAGGCAGUUUUUUCCCCCAAUGGAGAACAUAUUUUAUAUAUACGUCGGGGAAAAUUCUGGAUAUUUUCCCCCACCUUGUCUCCCCCAACAUCAAAUCCAAAGCAAUUGGACUACUCUCUGCAAGGAGAAUAUUGGAUAGUUCAGUUUAAUGUCACCAGGUGAAUAUUGGAUAGUUCAGUUUAAUGUCACCAGGUGAAUAUUGGAUAGUUCAGUUUAAUGUCACCAGGUGAAUAUUGGAUAGUUCAGUUUAAUGUCACCAGGUGAAUAUUGGAUAGUUCAGUUUAAUGUCACCAGGUGAAUAUUGGAUAGUUCAGUUUAAUGUCACCAGGUGAAUAUUGGAUAGUUCAGUUUAAUGUCACCAGGUGAAUAUUGGAUAGUUCAGUUUAAUGUCACCAGGUGAAUAUUGGAUAGUUCAGUUUAAUGUCACCAGGUGAAUAUUGGAUAGUUCAGUUUAAUGUCACCAGGUGAAUAUUGGAUAGUUCAGUUUAAUGUCACCAGGUGAAUAUUGGAUAGUUCAGUUUAAUGUCACCAGGUGAAUAUUGGAUAGUUCAGUUUAAUGUCACCAGGUGAAUAUUGGAUAGUUCAGUUUAAUGUCACCAGGUGAAUAUUGGAUAGUUCAGUUUAAUGUCACCAGGUGAAUAUUGGAUAGUUCAGUUUAAUGUCACCAGGUGAAUAUUGGAUAGUUCAGUUUAAUGUCACCAGGUGAAUAUUGGAUAGUUCAGUUUAAUGUCACCAGGUGAAUAUUGGAUAGUUCAGUUUAAUGUCACCAGGUGAAUAUUGGAUAGUUCAGUUUAAUGUCACCAGGUGAAUAUUGGAUAGUUCAGUUUAAUGUCACCAGGUGAAUAUUGGAUAGUUCAGUUUAAUGUCACCAGGUGAAUAUUGGAUAGUUCAGUUUAAUGUCACCAGGUGAAUAUUGGAUAGUUCAGUUUAAUGUCACCAGGUGAAUAUUGGAUAGUUCAGUUUAAUGUCACCAGGUGAAUAUUGGAUAGUUCAGUUUAAUGUCACCAGGUGAAUAUUGGAUAGUUCAGUUUAAUGUCACCAGGUGAAUAUUGGAUAGUUCAGUUUAAUGUCACCAGGUGAAUAUUGGAUAGUUCAGUUUAAUGUCACCAGGUGAAUAUUGGAUAGUUCAGUUUAAUGUCACCAGGUGAAUAUUGGAUAGUUCAGUUUAAUGUCACCAGGUGAAUAUUGGAUAGUUCAGUUUAAUGUCACCAGGUGAAUAUUGGAUAGUUCAGUUUAAUGUCACCAGGUGAAUAUUGGAUAGUUCAGUUUAAUGUCACCAGGUGAAUAUUGGAUAGUUCAGUUUAAUGUCACCAGGUGAAUAUUGGAUAGUUCAGUUUAAUGUCACCAGGUGAAUAUUGGAUAGUUCAGUUUAAUGUCACCAGGUGAAUAUUGGAUAGUUCAGUUUAAUGUCACCAGGUGAAUAUUGGAUAGUUCAGUUUAAUGUCACCAGGUGAAUAUUGGAUAGUUCAGUUUAAUGUCACCAGGUGAAUAUUGGAUAGUUUAGUUUAAUAUCACCAGGUGAAUAUUGGAUAGUUCAGUUUAAUGUCACCAGGUGAAUAUUGGAUAGUUCAGUUUAAUGUCACUAGGUGAAUAUUGGAUAGUUCAGUUUAAUA